AUGGGCAAUGAACAAUCUCAACUACCUGGCAUAGACAUUGAUGAAAAAGCCAUAGAAGUGAGUGACUUUUGGAGUCAACAUUCUGCGAGCAUAAUAGCAGCAGGUAAUCUUACAAACCUGUCCAUAUUCAUUGGAGAAAUAUUCGUUAAUGGUUCAUUGUGGACUUCCCAAACUCCGUUAGAGAAAUGUACCAAGAAUUUGAUGGUUUUUCGACAUCCUUGUAUCAUAAAGUACAUCUCUUCAUGGAAAAACAAUUCGAAAUUUUACCUAGCUGUAGAAGAAGUUAUUCCCCUUGCUCAAGUUCUUCCUAAGCUCAAUAGCUUGCAAAUUUCUGUUGGAUUGCAUUCAGUACUGAAAGCACUUCACUUCCUACAUGAAAAUGCAUCUGCAUCACAUAAUAAUGUUUGCAUUUCUUCAAUAUAUACCACCAAAGAUGGGAAUUGGAAGCUAGGCGGAAUGGAGUACCUGAGUAGAUACAAAGAUAUAAGCUGUGAUUACCUAAGUAAGACAAGAAGUAACAGGUAUGGUAGAUCAGUAGAUCCCAAUGAAGAAAAACUUUUGGAUAACAAACUGGGCAGAAGAGAUUUCAUUGAUAUUUAUGCAUUUGGAGCUCUAGUCAGUGAAAUCCUCAAAUCAAGACUUAAAGAUGAUUCGCCAGUUUUGUCGACUUUCCGAGACUAUUGCAAACACGAAUUGCAAAACGCGGACAUAUCAAAAAGGCCGAGUUUCGAGAACAUUUUAGCCCACGAAUUUUUCAAUCAAGACUUCAUAACCAUCCAUUCCUUCUUGGUGGAACUGCCUUUGAAGAAUGACGAACAAAAAUCGGAAUUCUUUGAUAGUUUGGUCGAUAAACUAAGGCUUUUCGAUGAAGAGAUAGUAGCCUCCCAGCUGAGUGGGUUGCUGUUGUCUAGAUUGGUGUUGUUGAACAGAAAUGCUCAAGAAAAGGUUUUGCCGGUAUUAUUGACACCAAAAACAGAUGCAAAUGAUGAAACUCAGGCUGAUCUAAUCUUCUCAGAAGAUUCAUUUAAAAUUCACCUACGACCCAAACUAUUGGAAAUAUUCAGGGUGAGAGAUGCACAGAUCCGGCUAUUGCUCUUGCAACAUUUCUCUAAGUUUAUGCACAUAUUCACACGUGAUGAGUUGCUGUCUAACAUUCUGCCUGAGCUGCUGGUCGGCAUCAAGGACACCGACGACCGCUUAGUGGCCGUCACUCUGCGCUCGCUGGCCGACCUCGUGGCGGUACUCGGCGCCGCCGCCGUAGUCGGCGGCAAAAGGGCGAAGCUCUUCACCGACGGCCGGCCAGUGCCCGCCCCCCGCCGAGGAACGACGACGAGGCGGGCCUCAGCAGUGGUGGAGGCGGUAGCAGGGGGCGGAGGGUCGGCUGGUGGGGAGGUGGCGGCGGUGGAAAGGAGAUCAGGAUUGGAAUCUGGGAAUAGGGGUGUAGACGAGUUACCUGAACGGCCUAGACCAGACGGCGAGGAAGGGGAAACGUCAACGGAAGAAAUCGAGAUGUCUCUGGGCGAUGAAAAUGACAUAGACAACUGGGAAGAUUGGGACAUGAACGAAGCAAACCAGACCGCCGCCCACCACCACCAUCACCGCCCGAUACCCAACGGCGACACCCGAGAAUCGCCGCCGCUACCCGAUUCUACCCGAACCGUUGCCGAUCCCGCCCGCAAACCGCCGAUGCCCGAAAUCGAGGCGCUGGACAUCAAACACCGCGUGGACGUCACCAAGAAAGAGGAGUUCGACUUCUUCCAGGACAUGGAGCCGGUGAUAGCGCGCGCCGACAAGUUCUUGGUGGAGGCGGUUGGCCAGACGGUCGCCGGCGGCAAGUUGGCGUUGAACGUGGAGGAGGCGGGGGAGGAGGGGUGGAUGGACGAGGAUUGGGGGUGA